UCUACCUCCGCGACACGCAACUUCUCGUGCGUGCGUAACGUGUUGUCAAACGAUGAACCAAUCAGAGAACACGGUGGCGGCUGCCCGGGCUUCAGUUGCACCCUGCAAGCCAGGGGACGCCGUCGUUUAGUACAGCGCAUGCCGGCUGACGGCUCCUCCUGAAUUGGACUGAUACCGGGGCUGGAAGUGCAAACAUUUCAGUUAUCGUUUUUUGUGGUCGUCUUCUUGCACCAAAUAUAUAUUUUUAUUAAAACGACGCCGGUGUUGCGUGUGUAAAUUAAGGAUGCUGACCGAUAUGAUUGUGGAGGAAGAAUUCGAAAUCAAGGAAGAGGAGCCCUGGUAUGACAAGCGAGACCUUGAACACGAUCUGCACCUGGCAGCAGAGCUGGGGAAAACUCUUCUGGAUCGCAACAAAGAGCUGGAACAGGGCCUUCAGCAGAUGUACUCCACCAACCAAGAGCAACUACAGGAGAUAGAGUACCUGACCAAGCAGGUGGAGGUCCUCCGGCAGGUCAACGAGCAGCACGCCAAGGUGUACGAGCAGCUGGACGCGACCUCCAGGGACCUGGAGCAGACCAACCACCGGCUGGGCCUGGACAACCGCGGCGCCCAGCAGAAGAUCCAGAGACUGACGGAGGCAGCGGAGGGGCUUCAGAGCCAGGCCGAGGAGCUGCAGCGGGAGCUGGAGGACGUGAAGAACAGCCCCCCCCAGCGGACCACGCCCCCCGGGGACCCCCGUAGCACCCACAGCGUGUCCUGCCUGCAGGAGCUGCAGAGCACCCUCAGGUACGGCGACCGCGACGGCUCCUCAGACGACCUCCACGCCGCGUCGUCCAAGCUGGAGUGGCGCGAGGAGGAGCAAGCGUCGCUGCGCCGCUCCCUCCGGGCCCUCCAGACCCAGCUGGCCAACGAGAGGGCUGGCAGGGAGGAGGCGGAGCGCGAGGCCGACGUGCUGGCCAAUGAGAACGCGGCGCUGGAGCGGCAGCUGGACGUGAUGGAGGGGUGCCGGGCCCAGCUCGCCGAGGUGGAGUGCGAGGCGGCGGAGCUGCGGCUGCUCUGGCGCACGGAGCGCUCCGCCCGCUCCGCUGGCCGCGGGAUGGGCCACGCCCACGCGGCCCCGCCCACCGCGCUGUUCCACAACCACGAGGACGAGGAAGACGAGGACCACGAUGAGGACGACGACGACGACGGGGGGGAUCUCGUGGCGGCGGCGGGCAGCGGCACGCACCAGAGGCCGGCGCCCGCCGGCGCCUCCGCAAAGCGGGCCCGGGCGCGGCGCUCGGAGGCGGUGAAGUACCGCGGCAUCUCGCUGCUCAACGAGGUGGACGCGCAGUACAGCGCCCUGCAGGUGAAGUACGAGGAACUGCUGCAGCGCUGCGGGGCUCCUCCCAGGGCCCCGGACGGUGAGGGCCACAGCCACAAGGCCAUCCAGACCGCCACCGCCGCCACCGCCGCCCCCGCCGCCCCCGCCGCCCCCGCCGCCCCCGCCGCCGCCGCCGCCCCCGGUCGCCACGCCUCUUUGGGGGCCGCCUGCACGGACGAUAUCCAGCAGCCGGAGUACAAGGCGCUCUUCCAGGAGAUCUUCGACUGUAUUCAGAGAACCAAAGAGGACCUGAGUGGGGCCAGGGGGGGGUCCACCACACCCUGCUGCUGAUCUGCUUCUUCUUUUUCUUCAUUUUUUUUUUUUACACGAUUGCUUAAAAAAAAAAAAUAUAUAUAAAAAAAAAAAUGUAAGCAUUGUGUACAGCCUGUGCUGAUGCACUCGGCCACACGGGGAGGUCACUAUUUAUUGUUAUUGACUCUUAUGCCAGCCCGGAGCUGGAACCUACUGUACGGUGAAUACAAAAAAGAAAAAAGUCUGUGGGGCUCAGAAGUUGGAUGAGAGCGAUGCGGAGGGAAUCAAGACGGCGACACCAACUUAAUUGGGUGAUUUGUCUCGUGCUUUUUUUUUGUUGCACAGAAACACCAGUGCCUAACGUCUUCCUGAUCGAACCAUCGCUCUACCUCAGCCUAUGAGCACUACUUGACAAACAGCCAAUAAGCUCCUUGGGAUAUUCUCUAGAGAGAAAAAAAAAAACAUAGUCACUGAGCUGUAAGCUUAUAAUUCUUGCUUCUUUGACCUACUUAGAAGCGAAA